AUGCAUACUAUUGACCACCCCAACUCUGCUAAGCAACUACAAGCUAUUGCAAACCUUGGUCAAUCACCAAUUACUGAUGAUUUAUUAGAAUUGAUUGCCUGUGAAUUCGAAUCAAUUAUCCCAUGUACUGUCGAUAGUGGAUUCUUACAAGACAAUCAAGCACCUGAAACAAAACCAUAUAUUCAAUACAAAGUACACCACGAUCUUCCUUCUCCUCCACUCUCAUCAUCCGAUAAACAACAUUAUCCUUCUGAUUUCCGAAAGUUUCAAACAUUGCAACCGACAACACAGACACAGAUAGAAGUAGAAACCGAAGCAACACCGCAGUCUCAAUCAUUACCAGGAGCAGCAGCAGCACUACCACCACCACCGCUUCGUGCAUUUAUUUCGUCUGUUGUGAAACGUUCUCAGACGACUACUGGCACAUUACUGAGUUCAUUAGUUUACGCCCAAAGACUUCGAUCAAAGUUGGCAGGAACAUCAAAAGGCAUGAAAUGCACUCACCAUAGGAUCUUUUUGGCUACACUGAUAACCGUAACAAAAUAUCUUCAUGAUACUGCGCCUCGAAACAAGUACUGGGUCUGGUACGCUCAAUUGUUCUCUGCAUCCGAAAUCAGUCUGAUGGAACGCCAAUUACUCCAACUACUGGAGUAUGAUCUGGCUGUUCCUAUCGAUUGUUUCAACCAGGUAUCCCUCUCCAUUCUACAAUCUACAAAUCAUGGCCAAUCAAGGAACACAAAGUACCAUGACUAUCACCAGCAACAACAACAACAACAACCUUUGAUUUCGUCCUCCCAACGCCGUGGUGGUAAUAGCAAUACCAGUAGUCGGCUACCAUCUUUUUCAACCCUAUUUCAAAUGAGCAAUCAGAUUGACUAUAGCAAUACGAUGAGUAAUACAAGCACAAGCACUGGUAGUAAUACUACUGGUAAUCGUAGUCAGAGUCAGAGUCGUACCGAAGCCCCACAAUCAUCCCAAUCAGCAUCGUAUUGGCAGACUUUUAGUGGCCCCGAAAAAUCUUCCUCCCUUUCGUCAUCGUCAUCGUCAUUAUCCUCAACACGGUCUUUGUCGUUCACAAGCCAACAACUUCAAUCUCAACCUCAAUAUCAAUAUCAAUACUCGCAGCUGGACUACACUAGUAACGAUAAUUACAUCAAUUAUGAUAACUACACCAACAAUUAUAACAAACAUUACGCAGAUUCUCCAAUCGAUAUCUGGCAGAAACCGUUCCCACAUGUGGCUAAUGUUGACUGUGAAUCAAAUGUGGACAGAUUGUGUGAUUUCACCCAAAAGGAACAACAUAGUUGGCUAGUCGAAGGAGGAGAAAGAGGAAGAGGAGGCCAAAGAAAAGGAGAAGAGGCCAAUCGAUUCGGUCAGGAUGAUUCGGUUGAUUAUCGUCGUCGUCACAGUCAUCAAAAGGAACUUAUUGACACAACUGGCUUUUCUUCAGAAGACUAUUGCUAUCCAUUUCAACAGAUCGUCCUUUCUCCUUUCCAAAGUCUUUCUACCUUUUAG